UAUAGGAUGUGAGACUGAUGAUCCCUUUUGCCCAUCUACCUGUUCAUCUUGUCAAUGUGAUGUGGACAGACUGAAAUGUAACUUGCCUGGUGGAGAUUGCGCUUUCAACCAGUCUCUAUGCUUCUCCAUAGACCAAGGUGACACUGCUUUAGACUGCUCAGACACAGUGUGUAACAAAGAUCCACUGAAAAGCUGUAAUGUUGGUGGAGUAGUGUAUUACGGUGGGGAGAGCUGGUCACAGGACGUCUGUACGUCAUGCGUGUGUCAGGAUGGUUUGUCUGUCUGUAUGUCACUACCCAUGUGUCCUGAUAUAGGAGUCGGCUGUCGGGCGACCUACACCGAAGGCCAGUGCUGCCCAGAUGUUACAUGUGACGCAACUGAUGACAAUGCUGCUUCAUGCCAUGAGGCUGGAGGUAGCCAUGCCCAGGGGGACAGCUGGUACCAGGAUCCCUGUACAAUAUGUAUCUGUCAAAGGGGUGUGAUACACUGCUCUAAGGUCCAAUGUCCCACCCUGCAACCCAUGUCUGGUUGCCAGCUCAUUCUCAACAGGAAUGCAUGCUGUCCGCUACGAGUCUGUCGUGAUGGCGCUUCAUCCGUAGAGAGGCCUGUCAUAAAUUAUGCACUUCCUCGGGCAACAUCGCUUCCUGAGCCACAAUACAGGAAUAGGUUCUACCUGGACUGGGGAAAGUGCGUCGUUGCGGGUGGUGCUUCAUUCUGUACAAGGGCCGUCUGCUUCCACCCAAGAGAAAGUUGCAAUGAGAUAGAGUCAGAUACAAGUGUUAUUUGCCCAUCCAUCUAUUGUCCAAAGGAUAAACCAGGGACAUGUCCGUCAGCCUCCUCUAACAGCAGUGACCAAGGAGAGUGUGUGUUCCAGUGCCAGAAUGAUGCUGAUUGUGAAGACUCCUUGAAAUGCUGCCCGGUCGGCUGCUCAUCAACAUGUAUACAGCCUUAUUCUCUGCAAGCUGUACCAAACCAACGCUGCGUAGACAUCUACGGGACACACAGGUCUGAAGGGGAUAUCUGGUACAGAGAUGAGUGCACUCAGUGUGCCUGUCAGAAAUCUGUUGUCGUAUGCAAGUCUAAGGAAUGUAUGCAACCCCCGCCGGGCUGCAACCUGUUAGACCCAUAUGAGGGUGAUUGCUGUGGAAUUGUCGUUUGUCCUCACACAACUGAGAGGAGCUGCUUUCAUCGGAGCCACUCCCACUCUCAUGGAAGCUACUGGUACCCUGAUGACUGUGAAACAUGUCAAUGUGAACAUGGGGUGGAGAUUUGCACCUCCUACCAGUGCAUGCUGACUAAAGAGGAGGGCUGCAUCUUCCAGCUCCUCCCCAAUAGAUGCUGCCCAGACAAAUUCUGUCAACCAAUUGACAGCUGUAUGCAUGGAGACAUUGCACGUCUUAAUGGUGAGAAAUGGUACCAGUCCACGCAGCAGGAGUGCAGCUGCAAUGACGGAGUGAUCAGUUGCCUUUCAGUUAUCUGCCCAUUAUCAGCUAAUGAGGGAUGCAUUCAUAAUGAGACAGGUGUCCAUGCAUUCUGCCAGGAUAUUACUUGUCAGUCUGAGGAUUCUUCCGUUGUAAGACCAACUUGCCAUCACAAGGGCACACCCAGAGCAGUAGGGGAAGUCUGGUUUAGUGACCCAUGCACCUCAUGCACCUGUAACUCAUCCCAGAAGGUGGUCUGUGUUACUAUAUCCUGCCCCUUCCUGGGUCUAGGACAGGGGUGCAGGGCUGUACCGGAAGAGGGACUGUGCUGCCCCCAGGUUGUGUGCCAUGGAGUUCAUAGUUGCAUGUCAGGCAGCAUGGAGCACCUUCAAGGGGAGGUGUGGCAAGAAGAUGACUGCACCUUCUGUCUCUGCCUCAAUGGACAGCACAGCUGCACCAUGAAAAUCUGCCCCACCCCCAAGCCCCAUUGCCGUUACACCAACCCCAAGGCAGGCCAGUGCUGUACAGACAUUGUAUGCAUGCCGACUGGAGCCAAACCAUGUCAGGACAGCCCACUAUCUGACAAAUUUUAUCUCCAAGAUGAGGUUUGGAGGUACGAUGCUUGUACCAUUGCACAAUGUGACAACGGAGUAACCCUCAAGAUCAGGGAACGUUGUCCAUUUGUCAUCCCUCCUCCCGGAUGUUUCCUAGUUUCUAUUCAAGGACAGUGCUGCCCUCAUAUUGACUGCAGUCAAGGUAAACAGGGGCAGUGUCCACUCCAAGGGGCGUAUCCACAAUCCAGUGGUUUGGAUCUAUGCGCCCAUGAUGCAGAUUGUUCCGGAAGUAGGAAGUGUUGCCAUGACGGCACCAGCUUAUCUUGUGUUAACACUCUCACUAUUGAUCACCCUGGACAAUGUCCUCCCAGCUUUGUAAGCAAGCUUCCCAUCGGCCAGGCCUGCAUCAUGGAGUGCUACUCCGAUCGAGACUGCCCCACUUACGAAAAGUGCUGCAUGUCCAGAGGCUGCGGCAUGGCCUGCAAGCGCCCGAUCGUCCUGACCAACCGCCGGCCGCUGUCCAACGUCACUGGACACCUCUGCAGCAUCCUGGAGAACCUGGUCGGGAGUCAUAGGACAGGCAAGUUCAAAAAGGAUGGGCAGUGCCCAAAGUUCUCUGAUCUGAGGAAUCAACAGCUCCCUCUUGUGGCUGAGUGUAUCUUCGACAAUGAUUGUCCUGGAAUGGAGAAAUGCUGCCCAACUCUGGAAUUUAAGAUGUGUUUGAAGCCCAUUAUAGAAGAUGUACAGACACCAGGAGAGUGCCCCGCCCCAAAGUUCAGGGAAGGGGUGUGUCUGAACCGGCAGGAUGAAUGCAAAAGAGACGGUGAAUGCCCCUCAAGCAGCAAGUGUUGCUAUGAUGGAUGCUCGUACCAGUGCAAGCUUCCUGCGAGAAUGAAUGAAGAUGGACCUUGCCCCUAUAUCCAUGGAAGCUGUGAUGUAGUAUGCUCCCAGGGUUACGCUACUAAUGCGCUCCAGUGCGAGGUGUGCCGCUGUAGUAGAUGGUGUCCCUUCUUACCCUUCAAUUGCUUCUUUGAUUGCCCGUAUGGGUACGCCACCGAUAGAGUUGGAUGCAAGAUGUGCCAUUGCAAGCGAGCAAUCAAACCAGCCAAUGGGAUUGGAGAGUUUCUGGACACUCCUGUCUGCCUACCCAUCAACCCUAUGACAUGUCGUCUCAGCUGCACCCUGGGGUAUGUGACCGAUUCCAUGGGAUGCAGGAUUUGCCGGUGCAGGACAGAAGAUCAAGAAUGUACUCCAAUCGAGACCUGCGGCCUCUACUGCCCUCUUGGAUAUGCCACAGACCAUCUUGGAUGUCAUGUAUGCAAGUGUCAACAAAGAGGUGGUACUGAUGAAGUGUUCCUACCUCAAAAGACCUUGUGUCCAGCUACCCAAUGUCCAGAUGGCUGUAUGCUUGGUUCAGCCACUGACCAGUCAGGGUGUCCAACAUGUGCUUGCCUAACAGGUAUCAGCACAGGUUUCUCAACCAAUUGCAUGUUUUUGAGGUGUCCCUAUGGAUUUGCUACUGAUGGUACAGGGCAGAAAGUGUGUAGAUGUCGCCUGCCAGCUCUUUGCCAAUCUAUGGGAAACUGUGCUCUGGAGUGUGAGUUUGGAAGACUAUCAGAUGCCCAUGGAUGUGAGACUUGUGCAUGUAAACCUGAGUUUGAUGUUAAUGAAUGUCCAGUCCUGACAACGGCCAACUGCCCAGAACUGGACAUGUGUGCCUACGAUCUGGCCUCAACAUCACCCAAUGGUUGUGAGAUUUGUGUAUGUAAGACACCAGUGACAGACUGCCCACCCUUGAGACGAGAGGCCUGCCAGCUUAGAUGUCGGAGGGGGUUCACCACAGAUGAGAACGGCUGUGAAAUGUGCAUAUGUACAAAAUCAGAUGAUGAGUGCACCACGCUUGUGUCCAGUAAAACCUGCAACAAGACUUGCUUGUUUGGAUUGGCAACGGAUUUAGAUGGUUGCCAGAUUUGUUCUUGCAAGAUCCCUGCUGUGCUACCUCUAAAGGAUCCAUUUCAGAUCCAGGCAUUGAUGGUCACCCCUUGCCCACCUGUCACAGCAGAAAAGUGUGCCCUCGUGUGUUCUGAAGGUUAUGCCACAGAUCAUGGCUGUGAGAUCUGUGCCUGUCAACAUUCAGAUGGAUGUCCAGCCCUCAAUGUCCAGCAAUGUCCACUAUUGGCUACCUGUCCUUAUGGACUGUCUACUGACAGACAUGGCUGCCAGGCAUGUAGCUGUCGACAGCCGAUUGCCUGCCUUCCAGUCUCUAUCCAAAACUGUUCAAUACACUGCCCCCGUGGCCGGGCGACUGACAGUGAUGGUUGUGAAGUAUGUGCCUGCAGGAAUACAAGUUCUUCUUGCCCCAAUGUCAACAGAAGGAAUUGUCAGAAGGCUUGCACUUAUGGAUAUGCCACAGAUCCUAUUACCCAUUGUCAAGUCUGCUUGUGCAAACAGCCAACUGAGAUACCCAUAGCCAUAGCAUCAUUCAGGAUCUGUGAACCUGUGACCUGCACCAACAACUGCUCAGCUGGUUUCCUCCAUGAUGAUCAAGGAUGCCCAAGCUGUAACUGUAAGGAUGAAGGAGUGGAGUGUCCAGAACUGCCAAUGUCAGUAUGUCCUCAGCAGAUGCUUUGUCCAUAUGGGCUGGGGAUGGACUCAAGGGGAUGCCCCAUUUGUUUCUGCAGAGUUGAAUCUGGAUGUUACCCAGUUCGUCCAUUGACCUGUGACCUCGACUGCCAAUAUGGAUAUGCUACUAAUGAGCAUGGAUGUGAAACAUGCAGAUGUAGAAUAUUUGAUGAAGCAAUAUGUGACCAAACCAUCUCAUCUACCUGUCAUAAGAAAUGUCCCUACGGCUUGGCUACUGAUGGGAAUGGGUGCGACAUCUGCUCGUGCAAGAACGAAGUACGAGAGAUUAGUAUCGUUACACUCAAGCCUGUCAUAACAUGUCCUCCUGUUGACUGUGAAAUGAACUGUGAGUUUGGACACUCCACUGAUUCUAUUGGCUGUGAGGUCUGUGCCUGCAAGCGUCCAAUUACAGAUGCUGAACAGGCGUUGAUGAGUAUUACCAUAGACAUAUAA